GUCUCCUGUUUGCUAUGAAUUUAAUGCAAAUAACAAACAGUUAUAAUGUACUCGGAACGAUACAUAACCUGUUUGACACUGCCGAAUACCGUCAUUUCAGUGAGAAUUCACUUGGUUUAUAAUUCGAUCCUGUUUUCUACUUAUUACUGCUAAAGUGAAACGGGGAACUCCUCUGUUGCUCGCACGCUACACGUCACUUUACUGAGGCAAAUCCCAGAACACCUAUUCAAAGGCCAAAAUAGUCUUCACAGAAUUGAACCAAUCAUAUAAAAGAAUGCAGCCGUCAGCAGCCAAUGAAACGCAGUUAUAGAUCGAGCUGGCGAAUGCUGGUGCUUUUCGCAGUUUCCUGUAACCCAAGCCCCACCCAAUCCUAAACGCGGAUCAAUACCAGACGGCUCACCGCUUCCUACUUCAGCGCACUACACACGGUGUGAAAUGGCGGCUUCCGCGCACUAGUUAGUGCACUACUGCCUCAACUUGGAGCCAUUUGGGAUUGAACUCGCCACAGCUUUAGAGCCCGAGUACCUUUCUCAACCUUCACUCUAUCCAGUGUAGGGGCACCUUCAACCCGUUCCGCGGCGCACCGGCAGCGGACUCAGCAAUACCACUGCAUUAUAUUUAUAUAUAGGAACACUUUUACAAAUACAGGCAUUAUGUCUCUUCUGACUAUUAGUAGGUUGUCUCAUAGACUUCUUUGUUCAAAGAAUGCAGCAGGAGUUGUUGUGAGUGCCAGAAAUGUUGCUGCAUCCACGAAUUUGAAGGAUGUCCUGGCAGAUCUCAUUCCCAAAGAACAGACUAGAAUCAAGAACUUCAAGCAGCAGUAUGGCAAAACCAACAUUGGCCAAAUCACUGUGGAUAUGGUUUAUGGAGGGAUGAGGGGUAUGAAGGGCCUAGUAUAUGAGACCUCUGUGCUUGACCCUGAUGAGGGAAUUCGUUUUCGUGGCUACAGCAUUCCAGAAUGUCAGCAGCUAUUGCCAAAGGCUGCCGGAGGUGAGGAACCACUGCCUGAGGGACUCUUCUGGCUGCUGGUCACAGGCCAGGUGCCCACUGAGGAACAGGUGAACUGGUUGUCGAAAGAGUGGGCUAAGAGGGCAGCCCUCCCUUCUCAUGUGGUCACAAUGUUGGAUAACUUCCCAACCAACCUGCACCCUAUGUCUCAGUUUAGUGCUGCUAUCACUGCUCUAAAUAGUGAAAGCAGCUUUGCCCGAGCCUACUCCGAGGGAGUCCAUAAGAGCAAGUACUGGGAGUUUGUGUAUGAGGACUCCAUGGACUUGAUUUCCAAGCUUCCCUGUGUGGCGGCUAAGAUCUACCGCAACCUGUACCGUGAGGGCAGCAGCAUUGGAGCCAUCGAUUCCAACCUGGAUUGGUCUCACAAUUUCACCAACAUGUUGGGCUACAAUGAUCCCCAGUUCACUGAGCUCAUGAGACUCUAUCUCACCAUCCAUAGUGACCAUGAAGGUGGUAAUGUCAGUGCCCACACAAGUCACCUGGUGGGCAGUGCCCUCUCUGACCCUUAUCUUUCCUUUGGUGCAGCCAUGAAUGGCUUGGCCGGACCCCUGCAUGGACUCGCUAACCAGGAGGUGCUUGUGUGGCUGACAGCCCUCCAGAAGGAGCUUGGUGGUGAAGUGUCCGAUGAAAAGAUGAGAGAUUACAUCUGGAAUACAUUAAAGUCUGGCAGGGUGGUGCCUGGCUAUGGGCAUGCUGUCCUGAGAAAGACAGACCCACGCUACACAUGCCAGCGAGAGUUUGCCCUGAAACACCUCCCCAAUGACCCCAUGUUCAAGUUGGUGGCUCAGCUCUACAAGAUUGUGCCCAACGUGCUGCUGGAGCAGGGUAAGGCCAAGAACCCAUGGCCCAAUGUUGAUGCCCACAGUGGAGUACUACUGCAGUAUUACGGCAUGACUGAGAUGAACUACUACACCGUGCUGUUUGGAGUGUCUCGGGCCCUAGGUGUGCUGGCUCAGCUGAUUUGGAGCAGAGCGCUGGGCUUCCCUCUGGAGCGUCCCAAGUCCAUGAGCACGGAUGGCCUCAUGGCCCUAGUAAGGGCCACGUCAGCCUAGAGAGAACAGGCCGAGAGGAGAUGGGGUGCAGAAGGUUUAGUUGUGAAAUAAGCCUUUAGACUGAAGAGUUUAAAGAGAAAUGCCACCUAAAUUAAAAAAGGGCCAUUAUUACUCAAUGCUGUUAUUGUUAAAAUUGAGACAUUUUCAAAAUUAUGUCAAAGUACUUUGUGAUUGAUUUUCCUCUUCUUACAUAUCCUACAUCAAUUCUGAUUGAUUACUUAUUUUUGCCCCAGUAGGUUAUGGUACAUAAAAUAAGGAAAGGUGCUGAUUAACAGUAAUUAGUUAAUUACAGUUUAGUGAGUCACUUGAUUUGUGUGUACAUAUAACAUUUAUUGGAAUAAACAGACAGUUUUCCCAAUAAAGAGACAGUUUUUUUCCCCACAGCCUUUGUAGAAAACCUUAGUAUUUUCCCUUUUAAAAUAAUUUCUCAUGCCUUACCUGUGUGGUAAUGGAAGAAACGCAUACAUUACCCUUCUAAAACCUCAUUCAUCUAAAUGGUAUGACCAGACAUCCUUCCUCCAGGUUAAAUAUCAAUCAUUUCUCCUGAUAAUAACAUCCAAACUGCAAAAUGGCGUUUUCUAAAUUUAAGAGAAAUUCAAGCAUUCACCACUUCAGCUCUGAACGCUGGGCAGAUCUGUCAGAAGCUGAGUGUGAUGGUACAGAUUUAAAGCUUUAAAGUUUGAUAAUAGGUUUCAUUUUUCCAAGAGCAUGCUGAACUAGCAGUCAGAGCAGCCAGUGCGUUCACCUUGCUGGGCCCAAAAAUAAUAGUUCUUAAUAUAAAAAGAAAUAUUUGUUAGUUUGGACUCCUUCAUUUUUAGGUCUAGCAAACCACUUGUCUUGUGUGUUGAGUUCAUUGGAUUUCUAAAUUCUAUACAAAGAUAAUUUACUGUGAGUGCAUAAUUUGUGAUUUUAUUUAUGUUUUGUAAAUACAUAUAUAUAUAAAUAUAUGUAAAUACAUGCAUUAAAAGCUGUAGCCUAUAAACAAAAAUAGUUAGUCAUCAUCUCUUCUCAUGUGCAUUGGGUUGAGUUUGUUCUCUGGGACGGCACAGGCUGGUACUGAUUUGCUUCAUGUUUGCUUGAAGGUGAUCAUGGUUUAAAUUCUAUUGCACUGUCAACUGACAGAUCUGUAAACACUCCACAUACUUACAGGAAGACUUAUAUUCAGUCACUUUCCCUGUCUUUAUAGGUUUUCACAAAUCCAGAGGUUUUAUGAACAAGUCUUCAAUGCUUUUUUCCUAUAGUUGUAUUUGAUUUUGUCUUGAACACUGUAUCCUAUUAGGUUACUACAUUGACGAGGACAUGAAUUACUCAAAGUAACUAAGAUGUAGAAUGAGGACAUGUUGGUUGAAUGGAAAAUUUGCUUGGUUAAACAAAAAAAAAGGUGGGGAGGGGGGUGUUGGGCAAUAAAUGUUUUUAACAAAA